GACAAUAGACCGCACCAUGGUGUUCUGCAGUAGUGCACAGGAGCUGCUGGAGUGGUUGGAAAAUCUUCACCCUUACACCAAGCUAGGAAGUCCAGUCGGAACAAUAUUUAAGAGUGUUGAGGUAAAGCCUACACCUAUGGCUGGCACACCGUCCCACCACUUGCACGGUUUCGGUACUGCUGUGGCUAACCGAGGCCCUCUUGAACCCCCCAAGAUCACCAAGCCAUGGUCCUUGAGUUGUCUGAGACCAGCACCGCCCCUCAAGCCCUCCGCGGCGCUAGGAUAUAAAGAGAGGAUGUCUUAUAUCCUGAAGGACUCUAGUAAAAGCCCCAGACCCAGACCCAAGUUCCUCCCAAAGAGAAAAACGGAGAGAAAACCAUCAGAUGAUGAGUUCCUGCUCAGAAAAAGCACUGCGGCUCUGGAGGAGGAUGCACAGAUACUCAAAGUGAUUGAGGCCUACUGCACCGGAGCCAGUCUCCACCAGUCCACCACGGCUGUUCGUAAGGAGUGCAUCCCCCAGGUUCUGCUUCCAGAGGAAGAGAAGAUUAUUGUUGAGGAGAUCAAGAGCAAUGGCCAGACGAUCAUUGAGGAAAAAAGCCUUGUCGAUGCUGUUUAUGCUCUAAAAGAUGAAGUCCAUGAAUUAAAAAAGGAGAAUAAAUGGAUGAAGCAAUGUCUGGAAGAGGAACAGAAGUCCCGCAAGGAGCUAGAGCGUAUAGUCAGAAAGUUGGCCAAGCAAAAGAAUGACUGUUCCUGGGAUGAAGGAGGUCACUAAAAACACUCUGGACACUCGCC